AUGAGCCGCCAUUUCUUACAUUACUGCAGUGAGCCUACUCUGGAUGUGAAGAUUGCCUUUUGUCAGGGAUUUGGGAAACAAGUGGAUGUGUCAUAUAUUGCCAAAUACUACAACAUGAGUAAAAGCAAAGUUGACAACCAGUUCUACAGUGUGGAAGUAGGUGACUCGACCUUCACAGUUCUCAAACGCUACCAGAACUUAAAACCAAUCGGCUCUGGAGCUCAGGGAAUAGUUUGUGCUGCAUAUGAUGCUGUACUGGACAGAAAUGUGGCUAUCAAGAAGCUCAGCAGGCCAUUUCAAAAUCAGACACAUGCUAAGCGGGCGUAUAGGGAGCUAGUUCUCAUGAAGUGUGUGAAUCACAAAAAUAUUAUCAGUUUAUUAAAUGUCUUUACACCACAGAAAUCUCUGGAGGAGUUCCAGGAUGUUUACUUAGUAAUGGAGUUGAUGGAUGCCAAUUUGUGCCAGGUGAUUCAAAUGGAGUUAGAUCACGAGAGAAUGUCUUACCUGCUCUAUCAGAUGCUGUGUGGUAUCAAACACCUUCACUCUGCAGGAAUCAUUCACAGGGAUUUAAAACCAAGUAAUAUUGUGGUAAAAUCAGACUGUACGUUGAAGAUCCUGGAUUUUGGACUGGCCAGGACUGCAGGCACUAGCUUCAUGAUGACACCCUAUGUGGUCACACGCUAUUACAGAGCACCAGAAGUCAUCCUGGGAAUGGGCUACAAGGAGAAUGUUGACAUGUGGUCUGUAGGGUGCAUCUUGGGAGAAAUGAUUAAAGGUGCUGUGUUGUUUCCUGGCACUGAUCAUAUUGACCAGUGGAAUAAGGUGAUUGAACAACUGGGAACUCCCUGUCCAGAAUUUAUGAAGAAACUCCAACCUACAGUGCGGAACUACGUGGAAAACCGGCCCAAAUACGCUGGCCUAACUUUCCCUAAACUUUUCCCAGACUCUCUUUUUCCAGCUGAUUCAGAACACAACAAACUCAAAGCUAGCCAAGCUAGGGACCUUUUAUCAAAGAUGCUAGUGAUUGACCCAGCCAAACGGAUAUCAGUGGAUGAAGCCUUACAACACCCGUACAUCAAUGUCUGGUAUGACCCAGCAGAGGUGGAGGCGCCACCUCCACAGAUCUAUGACAAGCAGUUGGAUGAAAGAGAACACACAAUUGAAGAGUGGAAAGAAUUAAUCUACAAGGAAGUAAUGAAUUCUGAAGAAAAGACUAAAAAUGGCGUAGUAAAAGGACAACCAUCUCCCUCAGGUGCAGCAGUGAACAGCAGCGAAAGCCUCCCUCCCUCCUCAUCUGUCAAUGACAUUUCCUCCAUGUCCACAGACCAGACCUUGGCAUCGGACACUGACAGCAGUUUGGAAGCUUCUGCAGGACCCCUUGGUUGUUGCAGGUGA